AUGUCGAUGCUUCAACCAUUAAAAGAUUUGUCAGCUAACAUUGUCACCCUGGUAUUUAAUAUUUACAACUUUGAACAUCUAGAUGGAUCUUAUACUUCUGAUAUGAAAGAACACAAUGGUAUUCAUUGGUGUGUACGUGUCCAAUCCAACAAAACUGCUAAGACACAGAAGCGUAGAGUCAGUAUUUUUUUGGUUUGCAAUCCGAACAAUGCUGGUACCGAGUGGUCGGUGACGACUUCAUUUGGAUUCCGAUUGAUGAACUCGUGGGGACAUUCGAGGAACAAGAUAUCUUCGUUGUUUGUCCAUACUUUCUCAGCAAACGAGAAUUCGAAAGGAACCAAUGGAUUCUGUGCUUGGGAUGAUUUGACUGCUCCGAACUCUGGAUUCUUGAUCGAUGGAAUAUUCACAAUUGAGUUUGAUCUGAAUGUCUCGUCGUUUACUGGUAUCCAAAAGGAAAAGAUUUCCAAAGAGAUUUACGAUGAAUUCAUUGCUGAUGGAAAGUUGAUUGUUGAAGAAAAAACCAUCAACGUCUGUCUUGCCCUUCUGGCCGACAAUUCUACUGUUCUCUAUGAUAAGUUCUACAAGGCAAAUCCAGGUCAAACCACAUUCGAAAUAUUUGAAUUCACUCAUGACGCAGUCCUUGGAAUGGUUUCGAUUCUCCAGAUGGAUGCUUUUGAUAUCACGCUAUACAACUAUCGAGAGUUGCUUGAAUUGGGUCAAUGGUACAAGAUUACACCGGUGAUGGAUAAGUGUGAAGACUUCCUGCUGAAAACAAAACGAGUUUCGAUAGAUACAAAACUGAAACUUUCCGAAACUUUCCAACUUCAUUACUUACAGUUCCGAGCCAUGGAGCGGAUCACGUGUGUCGAGCACUUGGAGAGAAUUCUCGAUGAAAAUUUUGAUAUUGAAGAGAAAACAUAUGAAGCUCUACUGGAAAAAAUGAAACUGCUCAAGACACAGGAUGAUGGGGAGAUCUGCUCUUGCAAGAGGAAUCACCACAAUCGGUGA